CUGUUUUUCAACGAUUCUGUGUCUCUUCUCUGUCGCCAUGGAUCGUCUCUCCUCAUACUCUCAGAGAGGUCUUUUAGGAUCAGGCUCACGCAAGGGCUUGUUCUUGAAGUCGAAACCUACAUGGCUGGCUCUCUUGUCCUCUUAUUUCAUUCUCUUCUACUUAUACUCAAUCUCCAACUUCUUCAUCCCUCUCCUCCACACAGCCCCGGCUGAUUUAUUCUUGGAAUCGCCACCUUCUAAGACUCUCGACCCUCACCCUUCUCCGACGACCGUUCGUUUCAUCCAAACCUUACACACAAAUUCUUCUCAAUCCUUGAAAUCUUUUGCUUCCGAAGGGGCUGUCGGUGAAGCUUUAAGAAGUCAACGGGCCACCUCAAUUGGUGAGAGGGAAAUGGAGAAGAACAAGGACGUGUACCAUGAGAGAGACGUGUUCGUGGAAAACUACAGAGAAAUGAAAAUGAGUUUAAAGAUAUACGUGUAUCCUCACAGCAAGGACGAUCCUUUCGCCAACGUGCUCUUGCCGGCGGAUGAAGAACCCGGCGGCAACUACGCCAGUGAGAGCUACUUCAAGAAAGCUCUCAUGAAAAGCCAAUUCAUCACAGAGGAUCCAGCCAACGCCGAUCUCUUCUUCAUGCCUUUUUCCAUCGCCAGCUUGAGGCACGACCGCCGAGUCGGCGUCGGAGGAAUCCAAGACUUCGUCAGAGACUACAUUCAGGAAAUCAGUCAUAAGUAUCCCUACUGGAACCGCUCGGGCGGCUCCGAUCACUUUUACGUCGCUUGUCAUUCUGUGGGAAGAUCCGCCAUGGGAAAAGCUCCUCAAGUGAAGUUCAACGCGAUACAGGUUGUGUGCUCUUCUAGUUAUUUCUUAACUGGCUAUGUUUCUCAUAAGGACGCCUGUCUCCCGCAAAUUUGGCCUCGAAAAGGAAAUCCGCCCACCCUUGCGUCCUCGAACAGGAAAAAGCUAGCCUUCUUCGCCGGAGGAAUGAAUUCCCGUGAACGUAAAGAGCUGGUGAGAAGAUGGGGAAACGACUCAGAAAUAUUUGCGCAUGCUGGGCGACUCAGAACACCUUAUGCUGAUGAAUUAUUAGGAAGCAAAUUCUGCCUGCAUGCUAAAGGCUAUGAAGUGAACACGGCUCGUAUUGGAGAUUCGUUAUAUUAUGGUUGUGUUCCUGUGGUUGUUGCUGACUACUAUGACCUCCCAUUUGCAGACGUGCUCAACUGGAACAGCUUCUCUGUCGUUGUGAACGCCAUUGACAUACCCCGGCUAAAGAAGGUGCUCAAAGAUAUCAAUCCUGAGGGUACCUCAAGCUACACAGCAAUGUGUUGAAGGUGAGGAAACACUUCAAAUGGCAUUCAUCUCCAGUCGAUUUUGAUGCUUUCUACAUGGUUAUGUACGAAUUAUGGCUUCGACGAAGUUCCAUCAGAUUUUCAUUGCUGUAAACAAUAUGAAUUUUAUUGGUUUGCUCCGUACAUUGUCUUUGUAGAGAGAAAACAGGGGAAUCCGUCGAUGUAGCUAAUAAUAAAAAACGAGGCUUCUUUCCUUUCUGAGAACA